GUAAAUGUGUAAUCUUUGUUUGUGACAAGUCUGUGUACAGUUGUAAACAAUGGCUGCCGAAUUUGAUGUUGAUUUCGUUGACAUUACGUUACGUGUAAAAUAUUCUUCCUGUGGAAGCAGAAACGUUAUACUGAUGACGUAAUUAAAUGAGUAUUUAAAAAUCCAUGACAGUAAGGAAAGAGGUUAAACAUGUGGCCAAUGAUACUGGGUAUGUCUCGGGAUGAAUGCAAAAGGAUCCUUCGACGACUCGAACUUGAGGCCUAUGCCAGCUUGGUUUCUGCAUUAAGAGCACAGGGGGAACUUAGCUCAGAAAAGAGAAAAUUGCUUCAAGAUAUUGCUGCGACACUCAACAUUUCGAUGGAACGACAUCGUGCAGAAAUCAGAAGAGCUGUUAAUGAUGAAAAGCUUGCAACAAUUGCAGAACACAUUGCAGGGCCAAACACAGAAAAAAAUUGGGCAAUUGAAGGACGAAGACUGAUGCCAUUAAUGCCGAGGCUGGUACCUCAGACAGCAUUUACAGCACUGGCAAACAAUGUUGCAAAUAUAGCUGCAGCAGAAAAUGCUAAAUUGCCACCUCCAGCUGAAACAGUAAAACUAAGUGCCAAGUUUGGAAACAAAAUGGUUUCACACAACUGUGAGCCAAAUGUACCAGAAGCAAUAGUACCACCGCAAAGAUCAAACAGCCCAACUGAGAUGGCAUGUAGUACACCGUCUCCUAUUGUCUCCCAGAUGAAAACCAAUGAAGAGGAAGAAAACUCAAGAAAACGCCGUCGAUCCUCUUGUGAGAGGGCUAAUUCCUUAAGUUCACCUCUAUUGCAACCUCCUCCCACAAAGGUUUCUGCAGUCGCACAGUCACCAUCAUCAGCACUUCCUCAGCCAAAGUUGCCAGUGGACGCGUGCACACGACAAAACCAUCAUACACAAGAGCAAUCGCUGCCACAGAAACUGCAACAACCAAUUUUAUUACUGCAGUCUCCCACCCACCAACAGUUACCAAAAGUGCAACUGCAGCAAUCGCUGCCAUGUGUGAUGCAGCAGCAGCAGCAACAACAACAACAACAACAACAACAACAACAGCACCAGCAGCAGCAGCAGCAGCAGCAGCAGCAGUCACAGUCAUUACUGCAUUUGCAAUCACAACCACCUCCACCUCCAGCCUCACCAGCACUACAGCGGCAGCAGCAGCCACAGGAACUAAAACAACCAACACAGGAGCAGAAGCAACAAUCUCAGCAACAAAACCACCAUCACCACCACCACCACCACCACCACCACCACCAGCAGCAGCAGCAGCUACAACAACAACAACAACAACAACAACAAAAAGAACAUCAGCUGCAUUCACAACAGCUGGCAUCACAACCACAACCAUUGCAGCAGCAGCAGCAGCAACAACAACAACAACGUAGCCAAAAAGUACAGCAGAUGUCACAGACAUCAUGCAUUCCCAAGACUGAAUCGUACCCAGCUAGUAUACCUCCUGUCAAAAUCACGUUAACUGCAGCAUCCAGCCGGGCACCUGUGACGACAGUAACAACUUCUGCAGUUUCUGCUCCUCCAUCAACUCAAAAGGUGAUCAUUAUGUCGAGCUCAGGAGCACCUGGUUCUCCAAGUAUCCUUCAACGUUCUUUGAGUGUGCCUGUGGUAAAAACUGUCUCAGCUUGUGGUUCACCAAAUACAACACAGAGACCAUCAUCACUCAUCCUUAGUGGCCAACCUCAUAGUCGUGCUCCCAUCUCUCCACCAGGUUCCAGUGCUGUGGGAAAUAUUGUCACCAUAUCGACGAGUACAUCUAGCUCUGUUACCCUCCCAUCACCUGGGACUACAGGAGGAGCAAGCACAACAACAUUUAUAGCACAAAGUACUGCGCCAAAACUUCGUACCAAAUCCGUACAGCUUCCUGCAAGAAUACGAACGAGGCCUGCUGGUUCAAUAAUAAUACCAAUGACUCCAAAUCAAGUGUCACCAACAACAAACACAAAUCAGGCUUCAAAUAAUAUGCAGACUACCCAGUUGAAGCCAUCAACUCAGACAGGAAAGCCCUUUGUUGCCAUCAAACCAGAUAACACAGGUGUGAAGAUGGUGCCUAUGUCUAAUAUGAGCAACAGUACCAAAAUUCUGCCUAAGCCAGCAUUUUCAUCGUCUGUUCAGUCACCAGUUUAUGUAAUGACUUCGGCUACUGGUGGAUCACUUGUUACAAGGACAUCAUCUACAGGUACUGUAUCCCGCAUGGUGACUAUCAACACUGCAUCUGCACCACAUUCUAACUCUUCGGUGUCCGAGAUCCGUACAGCACCAACAACUGUGAUUACAAAAAACAUUUCUAAGCCAUUACAAACUGUACACAUUUCUGCACAAAGCAGCAAUGUUUCUAAAGGUAUUGGUGGAAAACCAAAUGUGAUAUUGGUACAAAAGCCUUCAGGUUCUACUUUAAGUCGAAGCAUUACACUGCCUCAUGGAGGAAAGGAAAUACUUGGCAAGGUAUUGGUUGGAAAAUCAGGGAUGCCUGCAGGCCACCACUCAUCUGUACUGUCACUGGUAAAAUCAUCUCAUAUUGUUCACCCUGCAACCCAGCAGGGUGGAAAUUUAUCAGCAACCACAACUCAUGGAAAUGUUAUUGUUCUCGAUCUCAGUCAAGAACAGCUAAAUAAGAAUUCAACUUUGAGUGACAUAUUAAGGGUUUCAGGAAUUAUACCAGAAGAUGGAUCUGCUUCAGAGACUAUACCCACAGAAGCUGUGGAAGAAGGAAAACUAGUACAACAUGUAAUUAACAUAGAGAAUACAGAAGCACAUACACCAAGUGCAGACUCUGAGAAAAAGUUCACAGAAAGAAGUACAGCUGCAAAUGAAAACUCUGUGCCUUCUGAAGCAGUGGAUGAGCAGGAGACCCAAGUCCAGACAUACAGUGAGGAAGUUUCUUUGCCAAGCAGACGGCAAGAUGAGGAAACUGUGGAAAUGGUUGGUGAAUUAGAUCCACAAACAGGAAUUUAUUCUGUGCAUCCAUCACACAUGCCAGUGAAAGGAAAUCAGGAGUGUUCUGGAGACUCUGCGGAAGCUUCUGAGGAUACAGUACCAAAGUCUAGUUCAAAGACAAUGGACAUCUUUAGUACCGCAAUAGCCUCUGCAAACAUAGAUUUGGAAACAUUCAGUUAUAAUGAAGGAGAGAGAGUGACAUUUGAUGAAGAAAAUGAAACAGAAUGCUCCAGACAGCACUCAAAAAUGAACAACAACAACAACAUAACUGUUGAGUCUCUUUCAGCUCAGGGUGGAUGUGCUUUCAUCACAACAACACAGCACAGUCAGGAUCAUGAUUUUCGAAGCUUCCUGCAUGAGAACAGUUCAACGACUGUGGCAUCUGUUUUUGUUGAACCAACACAUAUGGAUACUUCAGAAAUGCAUAUUGAAGAUUUUGCUUCCCAGAAAAUCCAAGCACAUGAAGUUGCUUGAUUGUAAAAAGUUUGUAUUUGUUAGAUUUUGUAUUAAAUGUCUCUCAAUUUUAUUAUUAAAUGUUUUAUUUAUCUUUUAUAUAAAAAUAAAAUAACUGUACUGAAGUGAGUAUUGAUUACUUGUGUAUGUAUGUAAGAUCAUUGGCAGUAAUUAUAUUGAUUUGUAAGCAAAAAUCUCAUGAUAAACAAACAAAAAGUAUGUAAGUAUGUACCUUUGAUAGCAUACUAUUGUGUUGGUCACCAUACAAGCUGUGAGGCAAACCUUUUCUGUACUGGUACUUAUGACAUACAGUGUUCUGAAGAAAUUUUAGGAUACAAACAUGGAAAAUAACACUGCCAUUUUUGCCAUAUGAUGAAAUUAACAAUAAAGAAACAUUGCUUUUUUUAUUUUUUCCUCAUUCUACAUUUUCGUCCUGAAGGGAACCAUAAAACUGACUGUGAAUGUAUUUUAAUAGUACUCUAUAAAAAGAUCACCAAAACUUAGUAAAAUGCAGCACAUUCUUCCAUAAAAUAACAUAGUUGUCUUUUUUCUGCCAUGUCUUUAGGGCAAGUGGUGCAGCUUUCAACAAUAUGUGGUUGCUAGGGCGUAAGUGAAGGCUACAUUUUAUUUUGCAUUAUG